AUGGCAUCCAGUAGCACUAGCAAGAGCCUUAUCAAGUUUGGUGGAGUUGCUUGCAUCUUGCUUCUCUUUGCACUCUUCUGCAUUGUGGAUGCCCGGGACAAAUCUCUUGAGGUCACAAAAAAUGAAAGUCUUGGAAAACUUAAGAAAGGCAAUGGGUUAAAACAUAAUGCUGGUGAAGGAAGGGGCUCUGGAACUGGUUUGGGAAGUGGAACUGGUGUAGGAACUGGACGUGGUUCAGGUUCCGGAAGUGGCUUUGGAAGUGGUAGUGGGAGCGGGACAGGCACUGGACGUGGUUCGGGUUCUGGAAGUGGCUUCGGAAGUGGAACUGGAAGCGGGACAGGCACUGGAUAUGGUUCAGGUUCCGGAAGUGGCUUUGGAAGUGGAACUGGGAGUGGCAUUGGACGUGGUUCGGGUUCUGGAAGUGGCUACGGAAGUGGUACGGGGAGUGGCACAGGGAGUGGGACAGGCGUUGGACGUGGUUCGGGUUCUGGAAGUGGCUACGGAAGUGGAACGGGGAGUGGGACAGGCACGGGACGUGGUUCAGGCUCAGGAAGCGGACAUGGUUCUGGUUCGGGGAGUGGCUAUGGAAGUGGAACUGGACGUGGAUCUGGUUCAGGAAGUGGUAGUGGGAGUGGUUCUGGUUCGGGAAGUGGCUUUGGAAGUGGUUCGGGGAGUGGGAGUGGGUUCGGAAGUGGUUCCGGGUCUGGGAGUGGCUUUGGUUCAGGUUCGGGAUCUGGCUCGGGUAGUGGAAGUGGUUAUGGCUCAGGCUCAGGGAGCGGAUUUGGAAGCGGAAGCGGAAGCGGAUCCGGAAAUGGCGGUGAAAAUGUGAAAGUCGGGAUGGUAAAAGUGUGAACUUGAAGUGCUAAAUGCACAAAAAUGAUAGAUAAGUCGAGUCCUAUGAUAAAAUCCAUUGUCCUUGCAUACAUACCUGGACAAGAUCUAAAAACUAAACCAAUUACAGUGUGAUUUUACUUACUGCUUG